AAUCUCGGCUCAAACAGGGGGACCAGAGCAGGAGUUUGCAAAAAAUGUGGACUUUGGUCAAGAGGCCGAAGCCGAAACAAAACCCUAGUUCACCAAAAGUGGGUUCCUGCUGCACCUUCAAACGGUGUAACGACAAACACUACUCUGAGUCCGAGUACGAAACAAAUAAAAUAAAAGCAAAAUCCUGAAACUAUGUGGUCUCUCCAUGGUAGUAACAGAAGAAUCGUUGGACGGGGUUAAUUUUAAACUUGUUUCUUCUGCAUACCAAAAUACUAUCUCCAAAGUUCAAGCCAUGAGUCAAGAACGGCAACAACCUUCUCCUGCUCCUGCUUCUCAGCCUGAUCAUCCUCCUCCUCCUCCUCCAUUCGAUCCCAGUCGAAUGAUUGGUAUCAUUAAGAGGAAGGCCUUGAUAAAAGAGUUAGCUGCUGUAUAUCACGCAGAAUGCCUUGCAUACUGUCAAGAACUUCUGGAGCUUCAGAGAAAGUGGGAUGAGCCAUUUAUUGAUGUUAAAACACCUGAUGAUUUGAGGAAAGAGAAAAUGAGGCCCCCAAAACGUCUGAAGAAGUCACGCUAAGCGUAUUGUGAUAAGAUGGCUCUGCAAUUUCAUCAGUUUCCUGCAUUGACAUAGGGAACGUCUCUCUAGAUAGCUAAGCAAGCAAGCAGAGGCCAAAAGCAAUGGGAAUCACUCCAGAUUUAUGAUUACCAUUGAUGUACUGUAUUAUAUGUAACAUGAGGAUGCAUUACUUCACAAACAAAUUUAUGGUGUUGACACUUUGUAUCAUAGUCAAGCGAGCUAAUGUUCUUAACCAUCCACAUGUUUGAUCCAUUAUACCUUGUCAUUGAGCAUUUGAUACUACUUGGAAGCCCCAAGUAUUGAGCUA